AUUACACACCAUCCAUCGCAUGCGGACCUUGUUAAGCGUCAUGGCGGAUCGUCCCGCUCCACCCUUGGAAGGGAACGUGCUUGACGAUGAAGUGGAUUAUUUCUCCUUCGAUGUGUACAGGGAUUUCGGGGGUAUGGAAGUGCUUUGGCCAAUGGGGAUGUCCGGGGUGGCGGACUCCGCUCGGAGCGGGGCAGCAACAAUGCUUCUGGGAACGAUUAUGACUGCUUGGUGCAGCUGGGGUCAACAAUAGAAGCACUAUUUCGGUAUUUUGGCCAUUCACGGGCCCCAUAUGGAGUGCGAGAAGCGGAAACAUUUCGGAGAGUUUACGGGAACAUUAUCAAAGUGCUUCAUACACUUGUCCAAUAGUCCAGGCUAUUGGAGGAGGACUGAACAAGAUGCAGUUGAUGCUGUGUGUUGGUUCGUACUAAGAGCUGGGAGUGACAGAGAUAUCCACCAAUUUUCCUUGGGUUUCUCAGGGGUUUGAAUAUAUUCUCCUUCAGGCUCAUGGAUGAUGCCAGGAAUCUAAAUAUAUAUAUAUGGUCGGAUCACAUAGAUACCCCCGCCUGAUCUGCUGGUCUAGUCAAGAUGGAGGGGUUCUAAGUAUCUAAACUUAGGACCAAACCCGCUGACAAUAACUCGAAGGCUCUUACGUUCAUAUCAAUCAAACCACUCCGUGUCUCGGAGGACGGGCGCCGAAGCGCAACAUUUCAACCAUGCCACCCAACAGCGCAGCGCUCCAGACUGAUCUUCAACCUUCAAGUUCGCAGUGCAGAGAUCUCGGACAACCCAAGAAGUUCUCAACCAUGGCCACACAGCAAGCCAGGCGGAAAACGCCAAAACCGGCGGAAGAGCUGGCUGGUGCCAAGCCACGUCACGCCGCAAGCGCCACACUGCGAGAACAGCGCUUUUCCUCUCUGGGACCGCGGCUCUCCGGAUUCGGCGAUGCUCUAACCGUAACGGGACUAGCGUUCUGGUCGAGCCUCGCCUUGGCACCAACCGACGCUCGAAUCGGCCAGGCCUUUUCGCUGCUGUGGCGUCUGGGAGAGUCGAAUCAUGCACGACGGCCAAUCACUGCGGCCAGAACUCUCCCACACCUCGAAUCAACCGCCUCAGUCGCCCUACCAUGA